GAAAAUAAAUCUCCCCAAGCGCGGCAACUCAGGGAAGCCCUCGAAAUGCAAAAUUUUUAUAUGCUUUUCUGAUUGGCUGACAUUUGACAGAAUGUAGUUUUACUGAAUGCUGAUUGGUCAUGCACUACAUUGGCUUCCGCUAAAAGAGUGUCAAAAGUGAACACAUGGCUGCGAUGCGCUAAAAAAAUUGAUCAUUGUCUUGAGACCGCUUUGGAAACGGUUGUUCUUGGUUUAACACCUUCAAAAAGCGCUUCGCGUUACAUCUAUUUCCAGCGUUGUAGUUCUUUUUUUAUAAUUAUGGGUGCCGAGGGUGGAUUUUUGACAAAACAACAUCUAAAUGAGUGCAUUUUGCGUUCGCCGUGGUCGGAAUACCCGCUAGCUCCCUUACACCGCGCUUGCCGAGACGGAGACAUACAAAGCUUGACUUAUCUUGUUAUCCAAGGCGAUAGACUUGGUGUUUUUCGCGCCAUAAAUGAACCCGACCAGUUCUUAAUGUGGACUCCGGGACAUUGGGCUGCAUAUUUUGGCAAGUUACCAUGUUUAAAGAGACUUCAGCAGAGUGGUUAUAGUCUUGAUGUUGCUGAUGGCAGGUUAAAGCAGACCGUAGCUCACCUUGCAGCAUUUGCAGGUCAUGUUGAUGUUCUUCAUUGGCUUCUUGAGAAUGGUGUCUCGCUUGAUAAGCAGGACAGUUUAGGAGAGACUGUGGUUCAUAAGGCUGUACGUGGCGGAAGUGUGGAAUGCCUUACACUGCUACAGCAUUAUGGAGCACCCAUGAAUGUUCCAAACAGCAGUCAACAGUUGCCCUAUGAUGUUGCAAACUCCCUUGGCCAUGAACAAUGCCUUCAGUAUUUCAGAGCAGCCCUUUUUUCACCUUCAGGUACUUCCAUCAGAGCUAGCAAGCGCUGUAGAGAUGAUGAGGAGGCAGAGGGACAUGGUUUCAAGCGUGCUAGAACUGCUGAUGUUGAGGGAGAAUUUCAUUUGGAGUAUUCUAGAACACCAUUAAACUUAGUCCCUUCAAAUAACACUUCAACACAAGACAGCUUAAUUGCAAUGAUGGAAGCAAAUGGACAAUACCCUGUAACACAGCCCAGUGAUGCUGGCAUGGAUGUGGCCAUGGACGAAUGCUUCUCAGGCUUGUCGCAUUAUCCUGAAAACCCAUACAAGUGCUUGGCCCUAUGUGGACAUCUACAGUGAAGACAUUCAGCUGCUUUUAUGCAAAACACAUCCAACUGCCAUUCAUCAGCUAGCAACCAAUAAGAGUGGAUCUUGUAUUGAGAUUCAAGAAGGUAUAGUGGAUUUUUCAGGUAGACAAGCAUUGCCUUAUGUACAUUGUAAAUAUCUAUCUGCAUUUAUCAUACUUUACAAAAGCUUGCUUUUUUAUCAUGCUUAGUAUUUUCUAUAACUUUCUAACACUUAUCUUUGGUUACAUACUCAGGCUAUUUAUAAAGUAUAACUUUGUGAAUAGCUUGUGUCUCAUUCACUAAGAACUGGUAUAUCAACCAACAUUUGGUUAUUUUUAUUGCACUCCAAUUAAGUUAAGACAGUCUAAUAAGAUAGGCUGUUCAAAACAGAGCUUCACUGUUAUACCAAAGUCUUGUGUUUGAGAUACAGAAAUCACACUUGUUCUCUGGGUGACAGAGCGUUUGGUGUCUACUGCUAGGGUGUUUUAUUUGCCAAGAAAGAUUCCUUCCAUGAAGGUGUACUUUAUAAGCUGCAUUUGCUGUAUAAAUAUUUACCGUUUUUAACUGCAAAAUCUGUACUCGCUGUAAAUAACAAUUUUUCCUUGCCUCUUACAUUUUAGACUUCAUUUCUAUAAUCACAAUUGGUAUUGAUAUAUUAUUAUUUUUGCAAUUUGUUCUAAAAUGGUGCAAAUGCAUUGUUUGCUUCUUAAAUUAUUCUUUAAACCAAAUUUUAGAAUCUUAACACUUUUUUUGUCUUAUCUUUAUCUUUUUUUUGUCCGAUUUAUGUCGAACUUAAUUAUAUGUAUGUACUUAAGAGCUACAAAGGUCAAAGAUUAAGCAUUCAAUUUUUUUCCUGGUAUUGUGAUUACAGUUUGUAUUACAAUUUAUAUUAUAGUUAAAACACUGUAGAUAUGUUUUUACUAAAGAUACUUUAAUGGGUAAAGAUGUCAUGGUUAUGGUAAGAUUUUGAUUUUAUAUAUAAGUGCAUGGUCUUGAAAAUUGGUGAAAAUCAUUGAUUAAAAAAAAUGUAUGUUA